GCUCAUCGAGGUAUUGCGCUGUCAGGCUAAUAUCCUCAAGCCUGGAGACGGCACGAUGAUGCCAAGCCACCGUCUCGCCGCGGCAGCUAUCCUCGCGACAGCUUCGGCACUCACAACAACGACACCCAAGCAGAGGCUCAGGAGCAGGCUCCAGCCGUCAAAAGAUGAGCUGCUAUGCGAUCCCCAGAGCAAAGAGCCGCUGGCAGUGAAAGCCCAAUACUUCAACGGUGUCACGAAGAAAACGUACCAGUCGCCGACGGCGACGUACGGCACGCGCUUCGGCUUCGUCGACCUCGCGGAAGCCAAGAGACCGCGGACGGCGCGCGAGAUCGCCGACGAAUUGCGGGAACAGAUCAUCGGCCGAACAGCCGCCCAGCGCGUGCAGGAGGACACGUUCCGCAACCCCUUCGUGUCGUUCCUGUACGAGCGCGGGUGGCGCGACAGCUUCAAGCGGAGCGGCUUCCCGGGCGCGGACGAGGAAUUUGCGGAGGUCGAGGAGCUGUUCGGCGACGCGCUGAGCGGCCCGGGCGCGGACGUCGUGCUGGACAUGUCCUGCGGCACGGGCCUCUUCACGCGCCGCCUAGCCAAGGCCAAGCACCCCGACACGCGCGUCAUCGCCGCGGACUACUCCGAGAGCAUGCUGGUGGAAACCAAAAGACGGCUGGAUGAGGCCGACCUGAGCGUGGAGCUGUUCCGGGUCGACGUGGCGCAGCUCCCCUUCAACACCCAAUCAUUAAGUGCCGUGCACGCCGGCGCGGCGCUGCACUGCUGGGUCCAGCUCGAGGCGGGCCUCGAGGAGAUCCGCCGCGUGCUCAAGCCGGGCGCGCCGUUCUUCGCGACGACGUUCCUCGUCGGCGCCAUGGGGACUGAUUCAUUACCGAAGGCCGUGCGCGACCGCGGCUACCGCUUCUUCACCGUCGACGAACUCGAAAAGUUAUUUGUGGAGGCGGGCUUCGUCGACGUCGUCGUGCGGAAGGAGGCGCCGGCCUGCGCCGUGAUCACAUGCGCCGCGCCGUCAUCUGCGCCGUCGCCACGAUCGGUGGAGGAAUGGCGGGCGGCGUGCGAUGAGGAGGUCGUGUCGUUCUACGACUUCGGGGUGCGGAUGUAAGGAUGCGUGUUGUAUG